CAGGCAGGUGCCAACAAGUGAGAGGUAGCCGAGAGACCGAGAACAAGAGAUGGAGAAGAGUCUGUGAGAGCAGAAGACACCCGGAGCCUUGAGAGAAACCUACAGGUGUUUGCAGCCAGUGUGUUUCCAGUUUUCCUGCACCAGCCCUUCCUGCUCCUCUUCUCUGCCAUCAUGCUGUGUCCUGUGCUGCUUUGUGCCACUCUCCUCCUUCUGACGCCCCUGGACAUCACAGAGGCUCGCGCUCUGCAUCCUUCUCCUGAUGCUGUGCAGUUUAUGGAGCAGUUUCUGGAACGCUAUAAUGACCUUUUGACCCUGGACGACCUGGAGAACCUGUUGAACAGCCAACCAGAGGAGCAGUCCACCUUCUCCUCUGGUGCCAAAGCGGCCGAGUACCCCAAAUGGGCUGAUCCACAAACACAGCCCGAGACCCCCUGGCUGCGCCUGCUGAAGGGUGCCCUGGCCAAUCAGAAACGCGCAGAACCGGACCGGUCACGGAGGGGGUGGAACCGGGGUUGCUUUGGGCUGAAACUGGAUCGGAUCGGGUCCAUGAGUGGACUGGGCUGUUAGUGGAGAGAGGUGAGGAAUAAAGACUGAUGACAUCCUUCUUAGAUUAUAAUAAGGAAAAACACACAUGCAGAGGUGUUCAUCUGCAGUGAAGGAUGUUGACAUGCCAGUAGACUACAUGUAGUAUGGUGUACACUCGCAGUGUUGCUAAUGCGGUUUCAUCCAGCGUAGAUCAGAUGCUUCACACUAUCGUGGCUGUUUAACAGAGGAGCUGUAGAUUAUUCCAUGUUGAAGUGUUAAACUGAAUAUUAGAACAUGUGAGCUAUGUUUACAUCAUAUGAUCAUCUUUGAUUGCCGGGCUUGUUUUUUUUUUUAAAUUAAAAGUAAAUUGGCACUUUAUGUAUUUCUAGCUUUGUCUAAGUACAGUACAUUUUUGUGGCCAGGAGAUUGUGUUUAAAAUCAGGUGAUGUCCAAAAACAGUGGCACCUGUAUUUCCUGCUUAUUGUUUUUUAUGUCUACUUAUGAUUUGCAUGAAUAAAUGGAUUUGACAUUU